AACCCGAACCCUCUUCGCGAAGCGAAUUCUCCCGAGGGUUCGUAACUGGCUAGUUACCUCUCUUCGACCGGCGAUGAGGCUAAGCCGGUGAGCUUAUGCCUCUUUUGCCCCAUUUCCUUUUCCCUGUUUUUCUCUUUCCUUUCUUUCUGUUAUUCGAUUUCUCGCUCUUUCACCUAGUACUAGCUCGAUCUCAGUUGGUUACGUAUUAUGGGAGUCUUGAAGUUAAGCAACUCGAACCCACCACGAAAGCGAUUUCCCUUUUCGGCCCAGCUCCCAACUUCCAUCGCAAAACGUUGGGAUAGGCAUCCGUCCCCAACACACAUCACCUUCGGCGGAGGAGAAAAGACAAUGCGAGAUUCGUCAGAAAUGUGCUUCCAUCGCAAAUCGCCAAAUGUCAUUUCAAACACCCGGCGGCCCGGCCGCCAAGCGACGACGGAUUGAGACGGCCAAUGCAACGCUCAGAAAGCCCUUCAGGUCACCGCUCAUCGCCCGGAAUGAAGACGACAGCCAGACCCUCUCACCAAGCAUCGGCCGCGGGUUCACACCCGCAGCGAGCACCGCCACCCCAGGCACUCCGGCGCCCGCCCCCCGAGGCAAUCGCCGCCCAACGAAUACCGCCGUAUCGCCCCUCGCAACAACCAGUCCGGCUCUCAGCGUUGUCAACUACUCUCCACCAAGCCGGAAACGACCGGAAACCAAAACCGGCGAAGAUUAUUGUCAUGAUGGUGACCUGCUCUCGCGGAUCAGCGCAUCGCAGAGACAGCUCGCUUCCCAACUGCGCGCCGCCCAGGCCCAGCUGGACCUGGUUCGCCAGGCGAGGCGUAUCGAGCAGGCUUCGUCUGCCGCCAAGCAAUCUGGAACGAAUGGGGAAGAGGGAGUUGGCAGUGAUGCAGGGUUGCGGGAGAUGAUUUCGAGGUGGAAGGCGGCCAGCAGGCUGGCGGCGGAGGAUUUGUUUGAGUUGGUUAAAGGGAGGGUCGAGGGUGCGGGGGGUGUGAGGGCUUGGAAAGCGAGGCAGCAGGAGGUUUGCGAUAUUGGGGUUGGGUUUGGAGAUGGUGAAAGGAGGGAUGGUAAGGGGGACGGGGACGGAGAGAUGCAGGGGAAGAGUGGGAGGGAGAGGGAUGAUGGGUCGGAGGAUGGGAAGGACGAUGAGGAAACGGUGAGUUGAGGCGAUGAGGGACGGCGAUGGUGACUCGUGGACUGACGGCGACGCAGGAAUUUACGAUGUUUGCGAUGCUCAAGAUUCUUAAUAUCGACCCUGAUGUUCUGGGGUACGAUCCAGUUGAGGACAAGUGGCGGGACUGAUCUUGUGUUAGUUACACAGUACCCACCC